GAAAAUCCUCUGGGAAUCGUCUAUAGAGCAACUUCGGCGCAAGUCUCCGUUGGGCAUCAUGGGGGAACAACCUAUCUUCAGCACCCGAGCUCAUGUCUUCCAGAUUGACCCAAACACUAAGAAGAACUGGGUUCCCACCAGCAAGCAUGCUGUUACUGUGUCCUACUUCUAUGACAGCACAAGAAAUGUCUAUAGGAUAAUCAGCUUGGAUGGCUCAAAGGCAAUAAUUAAUAGCACUAUCACCCCCAACAUGACAUUUACUAAAACAUCCCAGAAGUUUGGCCAGUGGGCAGACAGCAGGGCGAAUACUGUCUAUGGCUUGGGAUUUUCCUCUGAACAUCAUCUUUCAAAAUUUGCAGAAAAAUUUCAGGAAUUCAAAGAAGCUGCACGAUUAGCAAAGGAGAAAUCCCAAGAAAAGAUGGAGCUAACAAGUACACCUUCACAGGAAUCAGCAGGAGGGGACAUUCAAUCUCCUUUAACACCAGAAAGCAUUAAUGGAACAGAUGAUGAAAGAACAACUCCAGAAGUGACACAGAACUCGGAACCAAGGGCUGAACCAACCCAGAAUGCAUUGCCAUUUACACAUAGUUCGACAAUCAGCAAGCACUGGGAGGCAGAACUGGCCACACUUAAGGGUAACAAUGCCAAGCUCACAGCAGCUCUGCUGGAGUCCACUGCCAAUGUAAAACAAUGGAAACAACAGCUUGCUGCGUAUCAGGAGGAAGCAGAACGUCUACAUAAGCGGGUGACUGAGCUGGAGUGUGUGAGCAGUCAAGCAAAUGCAGUCCAUACACAUAAAACAGAAUUAAACCAGACAAUACAGGAAUUAGAAUCCACACUGAAGAAGAAAGAAGAGGAAAUAGAAAGAUUGAAACAAGAAAUUGAUAAUGCCAGAGAGCUUCAGGCACAGAGGGAUGCUUUGACCCAGAAGCUCCAGGAAGUAGAAAUUCGAAACAAGGACCUGGAAGUACAGCUGUCUGAUCUAGAGCAACGUCUGGAGAAAAGUCAGAACGAGCAAGAAGCUUUUCGCAAUAACUUGAAGACACUUUUAGAAAUUCUUGAUGGAAAAAUCUUUGAACUAACAGAAUUACGAGAUAACCUGGCCAAGCUAAUAGAAUGCAGCUAAAGAAAUGGGAUUUCAGUGCCAAUCAUUUUAAAGAUGCACUGUCUCUCUUCAUAGGACUAUGUUGGGCUCUGCAUCAAAGUUGCACAAAAUUAGAAAAAUGCUCCUCCAAGAGGGCCUAUUUUAAAUUUGAAUAGUAUAUUUCAAUGUAAAAUUUAGAAUUCAUCUUGUAGCUAGUUAAAAAAGAAAACACUUGAAUUACAAAUUACCUCCAUGUAUAUUAUUGGCCAUAAAUAACUUGAAGAAAGAUAUUAACAGUAAUUAAAUGCAAUGAUUUUCUAAUUAUUAGCCAGUGGAAGAAUUAGCAGUGUCCCAGGUCACAUCCCCUUUUUGUGUUAGACACAAUGUAGAUUAUCUGCUUUUUUAUUUAAUUAAGAUAUCUAAUUGAUGUGUUUUGUGCAAAAACUUAGUGAUGACAGCCCUGUCUUUUGUUGUAAUCUUAAUAAUUUCUCAGGAUAUUUUGCACUGUUGAGAAACAGUGCCAUUACCAAUUAAUUCUUGCCAGGAGUGAGAGAGAAUUGCAUCUUUAAUUGAAACAUAGUUAAUAGAACUGCUUGUAUAGAGUUCUUCCUUUUUUUUAUACUGGAAGAUACUGUAUUUCUUUAUGAAGUUCACUCUGGUGUUCUAUAAUAUUGUCCAGUGUAUGGUUUACUUUCCAUAUUAAUUCCAUAUAUUUACAAUGAGAUACUGUCUCCCAUUUUAUUACACAUUUUGAAGCCAACCAAUGAAGGCAGGUGAGUUCCUCAGAAAAAAGUAUUUUUAAAUUUAAAAUUUGACAUACACAGCUAAAUCUAGGUAGCCAGUCAUUUAUUGUCUGGCCUUAUUAAACAUCAAAUAUAAUUAGAAUGUGCAGUUACUUGAAGAUGUUUUAUUAGCCUAUUUUGCAAGAAAUCUUUUCUGAAUGAUCAGUGCAUUUCAGUUUUGUGUGAUAAUGGCUAAUGGAGAACACUGUUUAUUGAUCAUGUUAAGGAUAUGGCGCUAUUACAAGGAGAUUAUCUUUACGUUGAACUUGCCCAGCCAAGAGAAAUGUUUUUAGAAGCUGUGUAGUCAUAGCAAAUUGAAAUGGAGACAUGUUUUCUCUGUAUAGUUCUUCACACCACAUCUUUAUCAAAACCACACCAGGCAAUAUUCUGAACUGUUACAUAGUUGUUUAAAAAGAGGAACUGAAUUCACUUAUCCUCAGUGAAUGGGUUUUAAAGUUGUUUUGAUGCAAUUUUAACAGACUUUUGGCAAACAUGCAUUUCGCUAUAUAAUAUAUUUAUUUUAAGAAAAGUCAUUGAAAGGUAAGCCAAGUGUCAUAUGUUUGCUUAUUGAAUGGGAAGUGCAUCAAAGUAUGUUGUUGCCAUAAAUUGCCUGCAAUGUUGGAGAGGGGUUUUUUUUUUAAAAAUGUAUGAAUGAGUAUCAGACUCAAGAGUCUCAAGAUGCACUGAGUUUUUGUUUGCGCCCAAAAUUAAUUUGAAUGUUACAUACAAAAUCCAGAUGAUUACUAAAUUUGUAUAACAGACAGUUUUCUCCACUUUUACAGAGUGAUAUUCAAAACUAGAAAACGUAGGUCUGGUUUGUGUGUGUGUACCGUAUGUAUAAUACACACAUUCUAAUUUACAUUAGAAAGAGAGAAAAUACCUGGUUUGUUUAUAAAAUAUCAUUUUUUCUUUACAAGUGAUUUAUCAGGUUCCCCUGACAAGUCAGGAGAACAGUUUAGAUCAAAUAUUAAACCAUCAUGUAUUAUACUGUAUGUACUGUACACACCAUUUACAUUUCCUCCAUAUUUUUAGGGUAUUUUCUCACCUAUUUUAUUUAUUAAGAGGGGGGAAAAAGCUUAGUUCAGCGUGCGUGUGGUUGAAAGCUUUCUGUGGUGAGUUACAUAUUUUUUAUGUGGUGGAUGUUAAAUGAUGAUGAUAUGGGUAACUUCAUCAGGUGAGCAGAAAUCACCAGGUUUUAAUUUACAUGAAGAUAUUUGGGGCUGAUUCUCUUGUGAUUUACA